AUGGCUAGCAUCGCCUUACUCGGAGCAGGUAUCUUUGCGCGGGAGGAACACCUCCCCGCCAUCGAAGCCGCCCCCACCCUCUCCCUCAAAGCAGUCUACUCCCGCUCCCGAUCCUCCGCCGAAGCCCUCGCCUCAGCCUCCCGUUCCCCCUCCACCGUCGCCAUCUACUUCGAUUCCCCCGCCAUCCCGGGCAAGUCCCUCGACGACCUGCUCCAGCGCACCGACAUCGCUGCUGUGGACGUGGUCUUGCCCAUUUUGCAGCAGCCCGAUGUUAUUCGGAAGGCGCUGCAGGCCGGGAAGCAUGUGCUGUCGGAGAAGCCCGUGGCCGGGGAUGUGAAGGGGGCGAGGGAGUUGAUUGCGUGGUAUGGAGGGUUGCAGUUGCAGCAGGGUGGGAGGCCGUUGUGGGGGGUGGCGGAGAAUUGGCGGUAUAUGGAGUCGUUGAGGUAUGCGGGGGAGAAGGUGAAGGAGAUUGGGGGGGAGUUGGUUACCUUUAGCUUGUCCAAGUAUGGGUCCAUUGCGGUCGGUAACAAGUACCUGGAAACUGCGUGGCGCAAAACCCCCUCGCACCAAGGCGGUUUCCUCCUCGACGGCGGCGUGCAUUUCGUCGCUGGCCUGCGCUACCUCCUCGCGGCCGCAGGUGAUGAGCUCGUGCAGGUAUCCGGCUACAGCACGCUGCUGGACCCGAAACUCGUCCCUGUCGACACGGUGCACGCAGCAGCGACUACGAAGGGCGGCCGUAGCGGGACGGUCGCCAUCUCGUUUGGCACGGCGCACAAAAAUGAGACGGAGCUGGAGAUCGUCAUGACGAAGGGGGUGGUUGGGUGGAACCCGACGGAGGCUCGGAUUCGGACGGGGACGGGGGAGGAAGAGAAGAAGGCGUUUGCGUACAGUUCGGGGGUUGUGGCGGAGGUGGCUGCUUUUGCGAAGGCGAUUGAGGAGGGGAAGUUGAAGGCUUUGCAGUCGCCGGAAGAGGCGCUGGGGGAUUUGUUGGUGUUGCAGGGGUUGUUGGAGUCCGGGGCGGGUGGUGCGGCGGUCACGGCGGUUGGGCUGUGA